AUGGAAGAAAAAAAUCCCGUCAGGACAUCCUUGGUUUCCAGGUUACCAAAGUAUGGAACAAAACCUGCUGGAAGUUUCCUACAGACCGUUCCAAAUGGGACAGCUCUUAAUUUAUCAGGGAAUACUCAGAGCAUUGACAAAAAUUUCAGCAAGCACAAUGGCACUCUUCGUAUGUCUUCCUUUUCUUUUAACUGGAGAAAGGCAAAUAAGUACCAGCUGGGUGCCCAGAUCAGUAGUGAAUCUAGCUCCAGUCACAAUUCCAAUGAAAGGCUGACUGAUUCUGAAAAGUGCCCUCAGUCUCAAGGAGCAGUUGGUAAAGAAGUGCUCAGGAAAGGUUUACACAGUGCAUCUUCACAAACUGGAAAACAAAGCAACAUGUUUGUGUCUUCUGCAGAAGAAUUAAGCCAAAAGUCUUUGCCUGGGCAGCCUCGUUCAGCUAAGUUCACCAAAAGUUCAUUGUUAGGCAGGACUUUGUAUUCUGGACUAAAUGUUCCAAAAUCACACUUGAAUGGAAUUUGUGGGAUCCAGGCAACUGUAGGCUUACAGAGGAAUAGAGGUAAUUCUACUACUGUGAGAAGCAGCUCAGGAGAGAGUCUAUCAAAGUCAACAGACAAUGUUGAAUCUUCCUGUGAAAAAAUGGUUCGGUCACAAAGCUUUUCGUAUUCCAUUCAAAACAGCCUCUUGCCCCCUGCAUCCUUAACCAGAUCACAUUCUUUUAACAGAGCUGUGGAUCUUACAAGGCCUUAUCAAAAUCAACACCUAGCUAUUAGAACAUCUCAGAGAUCAAAUCUGUUGUCCAGAAAUGCUCGGCAGCUGGAGAUCCCCAAUGGUAAUGAAUCCCUAAAGUAUGGAUUUCCUAGAUCUUCUACUACUUUAGGGUCCUCUGGACUGAAGAAACCGCCACUGCCAAAUGGCUCUGGGGAUGCACCAUCUUUAAAAUUUAGAACAGGCCGUCCUUCUUUAUUAAAGCCUAGCAACCAACAUUUGGGGAGAAGGAUUCCAGUGGACGGCAGCUCAAAUAAUGACGCCGAAAAAUGCUUAGAGAAGGACUCUUUGAUUGCAAUAAAUAUUCGUGGAGGGACUUCUGCAAAAGGUGCACAAAACAGUGAAAGACCAGAAGCUAGUGACGCUGUAUGUAAUUUGGUAGAAGACGGUCAUAAAGUUAUUUGCACAGAUGGUGAUGUGGAUGAAAUAUCUAUAUCUUCCUUGUCGUCCUCUGAUAAAAAUGAUCUGAGUGAAGACUUUAGUGAUGAUUUUGUAGAUCUAGACUAUCGAAACAGAACAUUCCAAAUUCAAGAAGAGGCAGUGUCUGUCCAAGAGCUGGAGUGUGGAAAUGAAAUACCAUUAGAUCGACUUCUGUCUCUUAAGGAAAAUGAAAGAUCCAAUUGUAAUUCAGAUGAGUGGCUGGAUAUUCAUGUGUCUGUCGAUGACAAGAGCGAAAGUGCAAAGCUUCCUUCCGGGAACAAUGUGAUUUCCUCCGACAUGGACUACAGAGCCGGCUCCUCCUUUGAGCUUUCUCCAUCUGACAGCUCCGACGGGACCUAUAUGUGGGAUGAAGAAGGACUGGAGCCCAUUGGAAAUGUCCAUCCGUGUGGGAGUUACGAGUCUUCAGAAAUGAACAGUAUAGAUAUCUUGAAUAACCUUGAUUCAUGUGAUCUUGAAGAUGAUGAUCUUAUGCUUGAUGUCGACUUACCAGAAGAUGUGCCCUGUGAUAAUGUGGAUUGUGAAAAUAUGAAUCGUUAUGACCGACCAGAAAGAAAUAUCAGACAACAGAAGGAAGGGCUGUGGAAGAGGACGCCACAACGCUGGACCACUCAAGAUCAUUAUCAUCUCGGUCAUACCGACCAUUAUCACCAUGGCAGAAAUGAUCUUAACAGGACUUCCAACUAUUUAGACCCUCCUCCUGUUGGUCACCUUGAAGGGUAUGGAGCACCAUGCCUGUAUCCACCCUUUAUGGGCUUGCCGCCAAACACUGUGAUGCUUGAUGAAAUGACCCUUCGGCAUAUGGUUCAAGACUGCACCACUGUGAAGGCUCAGUUAUUAAAAAUGAAAAGGAUACUUAAUCAGAAUGACGAAAAUGUGUCACUCCACAACAUCACUCUUUCACUGCCUCCAAGUCCAGAUCCUCAGGAGCCUGAACCGGUAUACAAGACUGAUGAUUUGUUGAGUGAGAUCACACAGCUUAAAGAAGAUUUAAAGAAAAAAGAUGAAACAAUCAGGCGACUUGAACAUCGGCUUUCCGUUCGGUGUAACUGCAAAAAAGACAGCCAGAAAUCUGAAGUGGCUGAGUGCAUGUAUGCUGACAAAUAUACACAGACGGCCUCGAGGAAAAGUGCUCCUCAAGUACUACAACCUUCCAGCCACCUUCCCCGUUUCACAGACCUCGCCCAGGGAAAAUUAAUAAGAACAUCACACAUCGCGGCCCACAGUGAACACCCCAGUCAAGACCAACAGAGAAAACGUGGCCAUGGAUAUCAAAAUGCUGCCAAUGGCUCCUCCUCCGCCCGUGGCCUAAACGAACCAAGCACUUUAAGCACGAAGUUAAAGAAGCCAGAGGAGAAUGUGCAUUCCGUCAAAAACGUAAGUGCCAGAGAAGAAACAGGAGAGCUGCCCGGUAGAAAAAUGAGUAUGCCUCAGCCUCAUCCCUCUUCUUUGCAAUCAUCUACCCAACUGAAUACACAAGAAGUCCAGGCCAAAUUAAUCCCCAAAAAGCAUCGCUUGCGGAUAAACCAGGCUUCGCCACCAAAGACUUCAAAACUUACAAAGCCCCCAAAUCAGAAUGAUUUAGUGCCUCCUUCAGCUACUGUCGCAGCAGCAUCCCCGGAAGACUGUUCAGCUCCAAAGGAGCCUGAACCACUGCCCCCAAGCGGUCCGACCCAACUGCAGUCGGAAUCCAGUCAGAUGAACCUGAAUAAUAAGGACCAGAGAACUUCUAAGCUCCGUCCUCCAACAGUAUCCUUUAGGCACAGGCAGAUGACAAAUCCAAAACUUCCCGUAUCUCCUGAGCCUCAGAACACCUGGUCGAAGGCAACCUGCUCGAAACCACCAGUGCAGGCAAAAGAAAAUAUGCAGAACCACAGCUCAAGUGUUCAUUCUGGUGACAGUGGGGCUUCAAGUUGGCAUUCCCGCCUCCCUAAACCAAAGACAUAUUGAAAGUUAUGACUUGCGUAUGUACAUCUCAGUGUCUUGUGUCGCUACGCUGCUACUGUCGCCCUUUCUCACUUGGUUCAAAGUUCUUCAUCAAAAGCCUACAAGCAUUUGAACGACGCCUCUCUGCUGGUACUUGGCUGUUCUAAUCUCUCAUAAUUUGGGGCCAGGUAGAAACAGGCAUCAUCCCUGCAGAUCAUGGUCUAUUGAAUGGUUGCAGAAGCCUGUGGUGUGUCCAUCGACAGCACUGAAGAGAACAGCUUGAAAGAAAUUGCUUGGCAAAUGCUAAAGCUUUGCAAUGAUCACUGGUGGCUAGAGUUCUGCCGUCUGUUUGAGGAGCACAGGGUGCUUGUUCAAAAUCCUAGUCGUUAUUUAAUUUGGACAGUUGAAUAAUAAACGGUUAAGGCUACACUUUUAUUUGGUUCUGAUUUAGCAAUGGUAUGUGAUGGAAUUCUAUAGAGAGGUGAUCUUUUUAUCUUCGUUCUCAGCCAUAACUGACUGCAUCGCAGAGGCCUAUGCAAGUUAUUCCUAUUUAUAGAAACACUUUACCCAAGACUUUCUAAAGGAUGUAUAUUUGGUAUUUAAUCUAGGUUUUUUGGUUUUUUUUGCCACAACGGGUCCCCAUUUGCUAUCAUUGCUAUUUUUGGACCUGCAUUCACAGUUCAUUUCACAGGAUCUUAGUUGUAUUUAAGCAUUUAAUCUAUCCAUGCAUUGUAGGAAAACUGUGGAAUGCUUCUGUAUUCUAUAAGUAUUGUGGUAUAGCUGUACACCCAACAGUUAGGAUUCAUGUCCAAAAGUCUCUUCAUGCAGGCUGUUAUGAAAUAGUGUAUAAUAUGACUCUUAGCCUGAAGGUCCAUGAUCCCCAUGGGGAGAUGUUCAUAAUGCGUUUUCAUGUAAGGUUUAACUUUAUUGUAACAUUUUUAUUUAUUGAUUUCUGUUAAUAUUGCAACUUAGACUCAAAACACACAACUUGAAAUGUUUGCACAAAACUCUGCCAUAACUGUAGGGAUUUUGAAACUUUUUUUUUUCAUAAUAAAAGCUUGUUUGCAAAACAACGAUAUUUUAAAAAACAUCCCACACUUUUGCUUUGAGGAAUCUUGUGGAGUCACGGAGAUUAAUAAUUUUGGUUUCAUUGCGAGUUCCUGAGUAGUGAAGAGUAAGGGGGAAGCGAUGGGAGAUUGAAUGAGAAGCUCUUUUGAAAAGUGAUCUGUCUGAAGCUGUUUAAAGCCAGAUGUUUAUGGGUCCAUAAAUCAUGUGAAUAAACCACUACUUACAAAAAAGCACAUAAGGAAUGAAAAGUCGGUUGAGAAGGCAUCAUUGCAUACUACAAAAUCAAACCUUUUAUUAGUUUUGAACUGCAUCUAUGUCUUACUCCAACCAGAGAACAAUUGCCAGAUAGGGUAUCUUCAAAGGUCAUGUUCAGUGAAACAUGUGACUAUUCCAAAUCAGAGGGUUCAAGCCCUUCAAGUAUUAAUUCAAAAGACGGACUUGCAAGAGGUAUGCCAGCCAGAGCAUUUGUAACUUUGGCUUUUCUUAAGCUUAAGCAUAGCUACCUCCCUUAGAAGGGAUGCUGAGAAAUAUGCUGUAGACCCAGUAUCAACUGAGAGCAUCCUUUUAAGUUUAUCCUCUGUGCAUCACUUUAAAUCUACAAGGGUAUGCAAAGAAGUAAACUUGGCGGCUGCCCUUAGUUGUGGAACACUCUGACCCUGAAGAAUCACCAAAAUUUGAGUGUUGCUGUUCUCUUAAAGUGACCUAUUUCAUUUGCCUUUUGGUGACCAGAAGUAAUUAUAGUGUUAGAACUAAGUUCUGAAAUGCGUAAGGAUUUUUAUAGUAUUAGCCCAUCUUGAGCUUUUGGGAUAUGGAAGGCUACAGACCACGUUCUCAUGCUGUUCAGUCUAUUUGGCUAAACUCAUUUGCUUACAUAUUCAGUCUGUUGAGGCAGUUGAAAUAGAAUAAUUGUUUAUUAGGUGUUCAUCUACAGACAUUAUAGCAGAUGUUUUAAUAAAGCAGAACAGCAGGUUUGGCUUAGCUAGAUGUUUUGUUUCUGGUUGGAGUUGAAAUGUAGGUAGGUCUUCCCCAUUGAAAAGAAAAAUAUAGCAGGAUCCCAUUCAAGAAUACUGUUCCAAUUGGUUUUCUAAUAUUUUACAAUGUAGGAAAGCCAAGUUCUCGUUUCAUCCGUAGGUCUACCUGGAUUUGUCUGUGUAGUUCUGAGACUGUUAUUGGCGAAAUUGUUGCUUUGACUUGACUGCAUCCUAUUCCACGCCUCCCUUCACCUUCAGUCCAGCCAAUGUAUAGAAAACCCAUUGGUCCACCAAGGUGUUAUUUAUAUGUAGCUAGUGCAGUAACCCUGACCAGCUGCUUUCCAAGAAGGAGUUGUCACUUGUCCAGGCAUUGAAUAAUGUCAAGACCGUCCUGAGAGCAAAGCUUUAGAGAUCCUUACAUCAUGUUUUAAAGGCUGCUUUGGUUUUAAAGUGGAAAUGCUUCAAGGGUUUUCUUUUUAAAAUGCAUAUGAUUAAAAUUACUUGCAUAGCAUUCUUUAGAAGAAGAAGAAGAAGAGAUUGGAUUUAUAC